UUGUAUGAACACGGAAGUUUCCCAUUUGAAUUAUUAUCAUGGAUUGUAAAAUGCAUAUAAACUCAACCUUCAAUAUAGAUAUGUUAUUUUAAUGAAUCCACCUGGUAAUAACUGACCUCUGUUUUGUAUUUUGGAUUUGGACACUAUGAGUUCUAUCUACUUCACGCUGUUCUGUCUAUUUUAUUAUGUUGAACCAGGUUCGCUCGGUUCUAUGGGAACCCCAACGGGUUGUCCUGCUUCUCUGCCCCCGAUUAACCUGACUACCUACGGUAGCUCCUGUCUCCAGUUUAAUUAUAAUCACACGUUCUGGGAGGAAGCCCGGAAUUCCUGUCUCAGUGAUGGCGGCGAUCUUCUCCAGAUCAGGAGCAGGGGUCUUCAACAGUUUCUAGAGCACUACCUGGCGUCACAGACGGGGGAGAAAACUGGAUUCUGGUUUGGCGCUUCUGAUAAGGAUAACGAGUCACAGUGGGAAUGGAUCUCCGGUGAUAAGACCAUGAGGUAUUCGAACUGGCAGGAUGGACAGGGGACCAGAGCAGGGUCACACAUCCCUGACUCGGACCUGGACGACUGCGCACUGAUGCGUGUCGACUACGGGUUCAAGUGGUACGACGUACCGUGUAGGAAUAAAUACCUCAAAUACUCCUACAUUUGUCAAUAUGAGAUGGGAAAUUCCGGAGAAAGAAUAUACAACGAAUCCAGAGUUUUAAUGUCACUUUUAGUAAUAACACUAUUGGCAAUGAAUAUUUUCUGAAUCAGUUCUUAGUAGUGUGCUAUAUGUUUGACUUGAUAA